AUGGGGUGGAAAGUAAAUAUCGUCAAUCAAUUGAGCCAUAACAAGAGGUUGUUUGUGCACUGCAAGUCUAAAGAUGAUGAUCUUGGCCCCCACCAUGUUCAGAGCAAGGAUCGAUUCGUGUUUCGUUUCGUAGAGAACUUCUACUGGGCAACUACAUUGUUUUGGUGCUCUAUGUCCAAGGACAGAAAGAGUUAUGCUUCUUUCGACGUUUUCUGGUCUGUAGAUAAUCUUCAGAAGAAUAAAAACUUCAACCUACAGGGAUUGACCGCUACGAGAGAAAUCAUUUGGCUAGUGAGGGAUGAUGGGAUUUAUUUUAGGGCAGUGAGAAACUAUGGGAACAGUUAUGUGCCCAGAUUGUUUUCUAAAUUAUACUUUCUCCUUGAACAGCUGUUGUGUUCCUCUGUUGCUCUUGUCGAUAUUAAAGAGUUUUGA